CACGUGAUAUUAAUAGUCCGUACUGUACAGAGUACGCGUAGUUAUAUUACAAGCGAGUUAAUGCGGGGUUCGGGUAGACUCAUAUCUUUGUUCAGGUGUCUCCACACAGCAAUAGCCUGGGUUUCAUUUUUUAGUUCUAUGGCAAAGCGACUCAGAUCUCAUGAUACUCUCUUGGAACACUUUGAACAGUGUCCACUCCACAGCCAACAUGCCAUACUUUGCAGUGGAAGACGAAAGGAUGGCUUACGCUGCUUCAAUCCUGCACGAUACACUGAAUCAACCGACUCUAUGCCUAUGUGUGGAAGGCAUCGAAAUCAAUUCUGCAAGGCAGGUCGAUGUGUGGCUGUUCUGGCAUGUGGCUUCCGGUGUGGUCGACUCUUUAAAUGGAAGCCUCCAGAAUUCCAGCUCUGUCCGAAUCACAUAAGUUAUCCGAUGCCUUGCUUCUUUAUGAAGAUCCCCACGGAGCUCCGACAACAUAUCUACAGCUAUCUACUUCCUGACCAACAUAUCCCUGCACUGUUCGAUCAGAGGACUCAGCUAAGAUCAGAUGGUGCUAAGGUUCAGACUUCAAUCCUAUGCACCAGCCGUCAGAUAUAUGAAGAGGCCUCAAUCGUUCUCUACGGCAGGGUCCCAUUCUCUAUUGGCAUCACACCACGAUCUGUCAAUAUGUGUAACCAUAAAGGCGAUCUCUUCGAAACCUCUCGAAACCUCCUUCAAACUGAGGAACAAACUGAAGAAUUUUUAUCAAGGUUGCAUUCUCCAGUGGCUUUGCAAAAUACAUUUAAAGAAAACAUUUUCCCUAUUGGAGACUCAAAUUUUGGCAAGAUACGGUCUUUCCAUGUGGAAAUUUUGUUGCCAUCUCUCCAUGAUCACAACUCGGUGUAUACUGUUUGCGAUUUUGUGCGGAAGGUAGUUGGACAGUUUGAAAAAGUUCAGAGACAUGCUUAUAACCUGGAGAUACUUGUCAAACUUAACUACCAGGAUAAAGGCGAUGAACGACAUCUGAUCUGUGUCCUUACAGUUGCUUACUUCCUCCUUCGUCCCUUCCUACGCUUACGGAAUGUUUCCAAUCCUCAAAUCCAUUUGACCACCCGCUCUUAUCGGAUAUCAGCAACAAAAGUCAUUGUCUCAGACUCAACAUACCCAAAGAUUCGACCACUUCUAUGGUUUCAGAAAAAGUUAAAGUACUUGGAGGAGGAAAUAUCUAGCACCAGACCUGUUCCAGAAUGCUCUGGCAUUGAAGCAGCAUACAUGAAGCUAGAGAGUUUGGUCUGCAUAUUUCGGCUGCCAUUCAUGUCCCCUUUUCACAAAAGUCAUGAUAUACUUGACACUCUGAUUCGGCGGGCAAGAGUUGCUCGUGAGAUGAAUGACCUUCCUGAAUUUCGGAAGGUGUGUGACGAAGUUGUGAAGAUUUGGUCUGAUUAUCUUGAUAAGCACGCGAGGAUCCGCGAGAGAAUUUCUGGAGGGAUUGACUGCAUAUAUGGAAUGAUUGACAAGCUGCCGGAGAGAACAUUGGACACUGCUCAGAGUACAAAUGAUAACAUUCGGAAUUGA